AGGGCCUCUCUCUUUUUCAACGCUUCUCUCUCUCUCUCUCUCUCUUGAAGGCUUCUCUUCGGCGGUUUCCGAUCGGCAAUGGCGACCCUCGAUUCCGACGUCCCGAUGGUCCCCGCCGGCGAGGGAUCGAGCAGCGGCGGCGGCGGCGCCUCCUCCUCCUCGUCGAAGAAGCCGAAGCGAUUCGAGAUCAAGAAGUGGAACGCCGUCGCCCUCUGGGCCUGGGAUAUCGUGGUGGACAACUGCGCGAUUUGCCGGAACCACAUCAUGGAUCUCUGCAUUGAGUGCCAGGCGAACCAAGCCAGCGCCACCAGCGAGGAGUGCACGGUUGCUUGGGGAGUGUGCAACCAUGCAUUUCACUUUCACUGCAUCAGUCGUUGGCUGAAGACUCGUCAAGUUUGUCCACUAGAUAACAGCGAGUGGGAAUUUCAGAAGUAUGGCCACUAAAAUUUAUUUUAGUGCCUUUCGACUAGUCUUACAGCCGCAGUAGUGUGCAGUUGAAGUUCCGAAAAAGUAUUUCUCAUUCUCAUUUACUGUAUUAUCUUUGAAUGGUUGGUGCCGCAAACUGGUUAUACCUGCUGUAACAUAAUCUAGUGUGUUCAUUUCGAAGUAAUUCUUGCAAUGCUAGAUAUGGAUGAGCUACUACAUUCAAGGAGAUUUUAUCAUAUUCCUGCUUUCUUUC